AUGACAGUCAUGUCCCUUUCCAGGGACCUCAAGGACGACUUGCACAGCGACACGGUGCUCUCCAUCUUAAACGAGCAGCGCAUCCGGGGCAUCCUGUGCGAUGUCACGAUCAUCGUGGAGGACACCAAAUUCAAAGCCCACAGCAACGUCCUGGCUGCUUCGAGCCUUUAUUUCAAAAACAUCUUCUGGAGCCACACCAUCUGCAUCUCCAGCCACGUCCUGGAGCUGGAUGACCUGAAAGCCGAAGUGUUCACGGAAAUCCUCAAUUACAUCUACAGCUCCACCGUCGUCGUCAAGAGGCAGGAAACGGUCACUGACCUCGCGGCUGCGGGGAAGAAGCUGGGGAUAUCCUUCCUGGAAGACCUGACCAGCCGCAACUUCUGCCACUCCCCGGGGCCCUACGUGUACUGCAUCACCGAAAAGGGGGUGGUGAAAGAGGAGAAAAAUGAAAAGAGACAGCACGAGGAGCCGGCCAUCGCCAACGGGCCAAGGAUCACAAACGCGUUCUCCAUCAUCGAGACGGAAAACAGCAAUAGCAUGUUUUCCCCGCUGGACCUGAGGGCGAGCUUCAAAAAGGUCUCGGACUCCAUGAGGAACGCCAGCCUCUGCCUGGAGCGGGCGGACGGCUGCCACGAGGCGGAGCCCGUGCGGACCCUGGCCGAGCACUCCUACGCCGUCUCCUCGGCCUCCUCGGCGCCCGAGGCUUACCGGAGCCAGCCCCAGCCCCAGCCCGAGCGGGAGCCCGCCGGCAGCCCGCCCGGCCGGACAGGCCAAGAGAACGGGGAAGCCGUGGCCGCAAACCCGACGGCAUGCCAGAAGCCCGCGGCACUCUCCGUACCCCAGGAUUCCGAGCCGGCCACGGAGAAGACACCGCCCCCGCCGCCUGGAACCCGCGUGGAGGCUCCCCAAGAGAGGAGCCCGCAGCCGGCCCCAGGCCUUCCCGGCUCAGCAUCUCCCGACGCGGAAGGCGACGUCCGUCCUCCCAGGGGAGACGAGAACGCGGCCUCCGAGGUCCCCGGGCCAACGCCGGCCGCGGAGAUCCCGCCUCUCGUCUACAACUGCAGCUCCUGCUCCAAGUCCUUCGACAGCAGCACUCUGCUCGGCGCCCACAUGCAGCUGCACAAGCCCACCCAGCAGCCGCUGGUGUGCAAGUACUGCAACAAGGAGUUCAGCACCCCGAACAGGCUGGACCGGCACGAACACAUCUGCAUGCGGUCCAGCCACAUCCCCGUCCCGGGAGGAACCCAGUGCUUUUUAGAAAACUACCCCACCAUCGGACAGAACAGAGCCUCCUUCCCCGGCCCGGAGUCCUUGUUAUCCGGAAAUAGGAUCGGCGACUUUCCCGGUCCCGGGAGCACCCUGCCGGAGAUGGACCACCUGGUCAAACUGGUGAACGGGCAGAUGCUCUACAGCUGCACCGUGUGCAAGCGCAGCUACGUGACCCUGUCCAGCCUCCGCCGGCACGCCAACGUGCACUCCUGGAGGAGGACGUACCCGUGCCACUACUGCAACAAGGUGUUCGCGCUGGCCGAGUACCGGACGAGGCACGAGAUCUGGCACACGGGGGAGAGGCGGUACCAGUGCAUCUUCUGCCUGGAGACGUUCAUGACCUACUACAUCCUCAAGAACCAUCAGAAGUCUUUCCACGCCAUAGACCACAGGCUCUCCGUCAGCAAGAAGACGGCCAACGGAGGCCUGAAACCGAGCGUCUACCCGUACAAACUGUACAGGCUGCUGCCCAUGAAGUGCAAGAGGGCCCCUUACAAGAGCUACCGGAGCGCUGCCUACGAAAGUGCCCGAGAGAACAGGCAGGGGCGUGAGCCCGCAGCCGGCCCCUAUGGCGUUCAGAACCCACGCGGCUCGGAGCUGCCCGCUCUGAAUUUCCCCGAGGGCAUGCACCCCGCGACCCGCAGCCCCGCCGUCCCGCCGGACACGGCCGCGGGCCAGAGCAGACCCGCGUCUGCCAGCGUUCAGAACGCAGAGGGGUCCGAGUGGGGAGAGGGGACACUGAAAGCCGGUCUUGACAAUAACUUUUAUUCAAAGGAGGCGUCCCUUCCUUUCCCUGAAAACGCAGUCGGUUCCAGGCUCCCGGCGGCCGGGGGGAUGCCCGCCCUGUCUUUGAGUCAGGGCAGCGAGAACUCGGCGUCUGUCAUCAGCUACGGCGGCGCCGCGCCCUCGGUCAUCGUGCACAGCAGCCAGUUCUCCUCGGUCAUCAUGCACAGCGGCAUGGUGGCCGCCCUGUCCGGCUCCGGCAGCAGCCACAGGGCCCCCUCAGGCCCGGCCGCCGGCCAGACCGUGAAAGAGGACAGCAAGCCCGAGCCAGACAAAGCGGGCAGGGUGGGCAGCAGACACAGAGGCACUAAGGAGAAAAAGAAAACCGCCCCCUGUGACAGGGGAGACGUCCCGGAGGAAUCGAGAUCCGCCGCCGCCGACCCCGGAGGGUCGCUGAGCAGAACCACGAACGCCAGCAAGGAAACCAGCAAAAUCGAAACCUACAUCGCGAAGCCCGCCCUCCCCGGCACCUCCACCAACAGCAACGUGGCGCCCCUGUGCCAAAUCACAGUCAAGAUCGGGAACGAAGCCAUCGUGAAGAGGCACAUCCUAGGAUCCAAGCUGUUCUACAAAAGAGGGAGGAGGCCCAAGCACCAAGCGCAGGAGGAGGCUCUGCCGCAGGACAGUGACCCGGACACCAAGGGCGACAGCCCGCUCGACCUCUGCCAGUCCGAGUGCAUGGACAUGAGCGAGAUGUUCGACGAGGCCAGCGACCAGGACUCCACGGACAAGCCGUGGCGCCCUUACUACAACUACAAGCCCAAGAAGAAAUCGAGGCAGUUGAGGAAGAUGAGGAAAGCCAACUGGAGGAAGGAGCACGGGGGCAGGAGCCCGGGCGCCAAGUAUAAGUACCCGGCGGAACUGGACUGCGCCGUGGGCAAGGCCCCUCCGGAGAAGGCGUUCGAGGAGGAAGAGAACAAAGAGAUGCCCAAGCUGCAGUGCGAGCUCUGCGACGGAGACAAGGCCCCGGGGACCGGGAGCCCGGGGAGGCCCCACCGGCAUCCCACGGCCAGGCCGUACGCCUGCGAGUUCUGCGCCAAGCAGUUCCAGAACCCUUCCACGCUCAAGAUGCACAUGCGGUGCCACACCGGGGAGAAGCCGUACCCGUGCAAGACCUGCGGGCGGCGCUUCUCGGUGCAGGGGAACCUGCAGAAGCACGAGCGCAUCCACCUGGGCGUGAAGGAGUUCGUCUGCCAGUACUGCAGCAAGGCCUUCACGCUCAACGAGACCCUCAAGAUCCACGAGCGGAUCCACACCGGCGAGAAGCGCUACCACUGUCAGUUCUGCUUCCAGAGCUUCCUGUACCUCUCCACCAAGAGGAACCACGAGCAGCGCCACGUCCGAGAGCACGCCGGGAAGGGCUUUGCCUGCUUCCAGUGCCCCAAGAUCUGCAAAACGGCUGCCGCCCUGGGAAUGCACCAGAAGAAACACUUGUUCGAAAGCCCGAGCCAGCAGGAGAGGAUGGGAGGCGAGCUGUACCACUUGGCUCCGCUGGAGAACCCCCAUUUCAUGGAUUCGGAAGACAGUGACCAAAAGGAUCAUCUACAAACCAUGGUUGGAAAUGUCCUUUGA